AAUUAAUUAUUAAUUAAUUUGUUGGUCGGUGUGUGUGUGCUGACGAUGUACAUGCACAUUUCGGAGCUCGGAGAUUGCCUCGGCACGGAGAGCUGCGUCGAUUUGAAGCCGGUCGAUGGGGCGGACGACGUCGUAUUCGAUCUGAAUGGGGGCGGCGGCGGCGGCGGCGGGGCGGAGAUGAGGCGGAAGGGGAAGGGGAAGGGGAAAGAGGCGGCGCCGCCGGUCGGGAGGGAGUACCCGCCGCAGAUCUCGUCGCUGGCUCGGGUCGACAGUCUGCAGGCGCCAUGGGUGAUGAGGAAAUACUACACCGACGACGGCAGGCUCGUCAUCACCGAGGAGAAGCUCCGCCGCCACGAGUAUUUCCGCGCCCACCGCUCCGACGGCCGCCUCGUCAUGAGCUUUGUCCCCGCCGACGACGACGAUGAUGACGAAGAUGAAAAUGAAAAUGAAAAUGAAGAUUCCGACGACGAGGAAGAAGAGGAGAUCGGCGACGGAGAGGAUCAGGCGGCGGCAGCGGACGGUGGCGAUGGGAAUAUUGCGGCGGUUAAAGCUGAAGGUGAGGGAAUCGACGGUGCGGCGGCGGCGGAGGGGUUAUCGGAGAAAUGCAAGUACGGCGGGAUUGGCAGGAAUGAUCCUUGCGGCGGCGGCGGAGCAGGGUUGGGAGUGGCGCUGGCGCUGGCGGUCGGCGGCGGACUCCGUAUAUAAAUCAAAACAGAUUUAUACAUUGGGUUUUGUUUUUGUGUGAGUUUAAUUAAUUAGGGUUUUGUGGUGGUUUGUAAUUUUUGUAUUGCUCCAAUUGGGUGUAUGAUCGAAUAAAAAUUUCUA